GACGAACAAUCUACUGUAGUAGUAGUAUUUGCAACCCAUUUACUAGUCCUAUAUAGUCUGAAGGCUGACGCCGAGCUGCCAUUGUUAAUGCUGGCGGUGCCAAACUGGUCAAACAUCCCGGUCCAAAACCAGGACGGGGCAAGACGCGUGCGCCCAUCCCGGCCAUCAUCGGCCGCUCGAUCCGAUCCGCCGCCGCCACCUGAUCCUGCGCGCGCGUGUCUCCUGGGAGGAAGGGAAGGGAUGGACGCGGUGCCGGCGCUGGCGGUGGUGGACGCGCGCUUCUGCGCGGGGGACGAGGCGGCGCUGGCCGUGACCAAGACGCUCAGCAUGUCCGGCAACGACUUCACCGUCACGGACGCCGCCACGGGCGCCCUGCUGCUGCGCGUCGAUGGCGUCCUCUUCAGCCUCCGCCGCCGCUGCCUCCUCGCCGACGCCCACCGCCGCCCCGUCCUCACCGUCCAAGAAUCGGCGCUGGUGAUGAACACGCGGUGGAAGGUGUACCGCGGGGACAGCACGAGCCGGCGGGACCUGCUCUUCACGGUGGUGAAGCCGUCGGUGAUCCAGCUGCGGUGGUCCACCAAGGUCAGCGUCUUCCUCGCCAGCAACGACGCCGAGCAGGCCCCGGACUUCCGGAUCACCGGCAGCUACCACGACGGCGCCUGCUCCGUCUCCCUCGGCGAAUCCGACACCCUCAUCGCCAGGAUCGACCGCCGCUCCACCGUGGUCAGCGCGCUGCUGGGCAAGAACGCCUACAGCGUCACCGUCAACGCCGGCAUCGACUACGCCUUCAUCGUCGCGCUCGCCGUCGUCCUCGACGAGAUGCACUACCAAUGACACACCACUCAAGUCUCCUCCUAUUGCCGCGGGUGGCUCAUACGAAUUGUCGUGUGUGUCAAUGCUUUGUGCAGGGGAAUCACCAAUCCUCUGCUUUUGAGUUGAUACAUGCGUGUGAGUGUGACGAUGUGAAACAGAGAUUUUGAUCCGAUUCAGGAAUGUUCAGAGGGGGCGCUCGGUUGAA